CUGGCGCCCUCUCUAUUGACACUUUUAAAAUAAGCAAAUUGUAAGAUCCAGCGUCCAGGCUGCCGUAUAUGGUCAUAAUCACUUGAAUACAUUAAAAUUUAACUUUCCCACUCGACCCGUUUAAGCUCGGUUCCAGCGAGAAUGUCGGCCCCCGGGCGCAAGAAGAAGCACAAUUUGAAGCUCCAAGUCAGCGAGGAGGCGCCCCCAAUAAUCGCCCCGGCCAACUUGGACAAGCGGACCACUAUCACAAUCGGGGACCGGACCUUUGAUGUUGAGGCGGAUGAUUUGGAGAAAAUCGCCGAUUUGGGCCGGGGGGCUUACGGCAUAGUCGAGAAAAUGCGGCACGUUCCGAGCGGGACCAUAAUGGCCGUGAAGCGCAUCGCUGCCACUGUAAAUACCCAAGAACAGAAAAGACUGCUGACUGACUUAGACGUUUCAAUGAGGAGCAGCGACUGCCCGUACACCGUGCAGUUUUACGGGGCGUUGUUCCGCGAGGGCGACGUCUGGAUUUGCAUGGAGGUGAUGGACACGAGUUUAGAUAAAUUUUACGCGAAAGUGUACAAACACGGGCGGCGAAUACCCGAGGAAAUGUUAGGACGAAUCACUUUUGCCGUAGUCAGUGCCCUCCACUACCUCCACACCAGAUUACGGGUCAUUCACAGGGACGUCAAGCCCUCAAAUAUUCUCAUUAACAGGCAGGGAGAAGUCAAAAUGUGUGAUUUUGGGAUAAGUGGCUAUUUGGUUGACUCCAUAGCCAAGACCAUUGACGCCGGGUGUAAGCCGUAUAUGGCGCCUGAGCGAAUAGACCCCCAGGGGAACCCCUCACAGUAUGACAUCCGUUCCGACGUCUGGAGCUUAGGGAUUUCGCUGAUUGAGUUGGCGACGGGUCAGUUCCCCUACCCCAGGUGGGGUUCCCCCUUCGAACAGUUGAAGCAAGUGGUCACCGAUGACCCGCCGAGGUUGCCUUCAGGUCAGUUCACGGCCGAAUUCGAGGACUUUAUUUCGAGGUGCUUGCAAAAGAAGUACACAGACCGAUCAAAUUACGAACAAUUGUUAAAUCACGAGUUUCUCCUCAAACACAAGGAGACCAACACCGAUUUUUCGUCGUUCAUUUCGGAGAUUUUGGAUUUGCCGGAGAAUCCCUGAGAUUCGUGCAAUAUUUCUUAAGUUAGGAACAUUUUUUAUUUUAGUAAGAUUUUAACUAAAGGAGUCUUCGUUUCGUUUAAAUUUCUUGUUAUCGACUAAAGUACAAAGUGACAUUGAGUUUUUAUGAACAAGUUGUUAAUGCACGAUAGAAAUUUUAAACGCUCUAUAUUGGACUAGAGUAAGCGUUCAUUCACAUAGUGUUCGUCGAUAAAUGCCUAAUAAUCCUAGUUACAAAGUCAAUUAAAUCGUAGCGUAGGAUUAGUAACUUUUUUAAUUUUACUUUUAUGUUGCAUCACAUGGUUUUAAAUUGGCUCCUAAUUUGCUCAACACUUUUAAACUAUUCUCAGUAUGUUGAUUUUAUUAAUUUAUUUUAAUUUCUUACUAGUAUUACUCAUCUUUUAAUCAUUUUAGAGUUGUACGAUUUUAAUUUUAUUGUGAAGCGUGUGAUAAUAAAUUAGUACACUUAAAAUCAACACUUUAUUUUUUACAAACAUUCCAGUCUUAUCAAAUGAAAUCAGUCAACUGGUUCCGUUACACCGAUAUAUAAAAAUAUAGUUUUCACUUCGUAUCGCUAAAAUGGAGAAUUCAUUCCCAAUUUUGUCCCAAAGUCCAGUCGCGCCCGCUUCCUGAAUCGUUUAUUUACCCUAAAAACACAUUAAAAAAACACUCAGCUGCGUUGGAGCCUUACAUUAUUUCCUGCUGUUUGAUCACUUCGUUAAUAAUCAGCACUAAAAACGGAGAUAUUGCGGCAAAAAUUAUCACCCAAAGUGGUAUUUGAAACUGGAUACUAUUAUCGGUAUUAUUCGUAAUGUUGUAAAAACUUAAAAUCGUAUAAAUACUCUGAAGCGCCACU